GCUUUGUAUGCUUUGGGAAGCGAUUUGAUCCUCAAAGGAGCCAACCGCGCCACGUUGCUGGUCUUCGUGGGUGCUGGCAGCCCUGGAGAGAUGGCCCUCGCGGUGAUUCUGGCGAUGUUGCCCUUCCGCGGCAUUCAGCUGGCCUAUGUCACCCCAGCACAGGACUACGAGAAUCCCCUGGAGCUCCUGACGUCGCCCAGCGGCGUCUUCGAAUACCACGCCGCGCAGCCCGAGCGCAUGGGCCGCGCCGCGCUGGCGGCCGUCUUCGGCCCCUUGCCCUCGCGCGGUUUCCAAGCUUCCCUGGCCGAAUGGGCGCCCUUGCGCGACGUGGCCGAUCAGGUAUGGAAGAGAUGCCGAUCAGUUGGCAUUGGGGUGACGUUCAUUAGCUUGAAAAGAGCCUAGUCUUCUUACAGUAGUAGGUAGAUAUUUCGUAUAUGGAUGGUCGAG